UGUAGCCAUCUGAACUGAUAAAGUACAGGUACAUUGGUGUAGAACCUGGUCGGGAAAAAAAUCAUACAGCAUAUACGGAAUGGAGCAAAUGAAAUGCCACACGCCUCAGAACAGGUAUUACCAAUGACGUCGGCAAGGUAUACACACAGAUUCUUUCGAUCCAGUGUACUGCAGCGCACUCGAGUUCCUGGUUGGCAUUAAUUUUGAAGACCAUUCAGUGGACAUAAGAAGGGACUUUUCUAGCCCUACGUUCCACCAUGUCCUCCAGAGGCAAAUCGGAGGCCUGUCUGGUGUGUGGGGGUGACCUGCAUGGUAACCAACGGCGAUGGCUCUUUGGGGGUCAGAACAAGAAAGCUGGUCCGGCUCAGACCUCAGACUCACUGGGCAGAGGAAGUCUCUCCACCUCUUCUGAAAGCAGCCCCUGGGGUAGCACUAUGUCCCUGGGCUCUACAGCAUCUCUGCCGUCUCUGUCCUCCCCCUCCAAAGCAAUGGACCUCCUCUCAGUACUCACCCACAUACUAGGGCAGUCUGUACCGCGGGGUGGCAGGCGGGGGGAGUUCCUGUGUGGCAAAUGCGUGUCAGUUCUAGAGCGGGUUUUCAAGUUCGACACGGUCAUUUCCAGAAUGAGGGUGUUAUCCUCUGAGAGACUUAAGAAGUUGACCGGCGAGAGGGACAAGGUCAGGCAGUGGGUGCGCAGCGCUUAUUACCAGCAACACCCUCAGGAUUUGCGGUUGGGAAGCGGCACCAGCGAGGAGGACACAGAGGGUCUGGGCGACAGGGAGGGUUACAUGGAAAUGCUGAAGGAGAACAUGGCCCUGUCAGAGUACGAGUGCUGGUCGGAGAAAUCUGCCAAAUGUCCGUACUUCAGUAGAACGGGGAAAAGGUGCAGGAAGGGGAAGGAAUGCGAGGGGUGUGACUCUCUGAGGGUGUCAGACUCCGCCUUUGAGUCAGUUUGUGGGGUUCCCCGCCAUCUGCCCUUCCAGUCCUUUUCCCCCUUGGCCCUAUCGCGAAACAAGUCCCAGAGCAUGCCCCUCCACUGGUCGAAAGUGCCGUCGCUCAGCUCUAGCGCAGAGUCAUUGGCCGCAUCCGCUCUCUCCUUACGAGCGCCUUCUUGCACCGGGUCCGUCCAAUGCCUGGACGUGCAGGGUUGCCAUGAUUCAUUUGAUUGGCCAGACGAUCCGUCAGUCAACCUGGUUCUCAGAGAGCUCAAAGGUAUCGAAGGAAGGCCAGUCGUUUCUCCUUCAGGGAGUAAGAUUCCUGUUUUGGGAAAGAGGGAUGGGCGAUGUUUAGGAGAGAUGGGUGUGUCGUCAUCAUCUGAGGUGUCAAGGGUGCUGGAUUUUGGAGACCGGGAUAGUGUGGAGAACGGAGAAGAAGAAAUGGAUGAAGAGAGCGAUGAUGUUUUGACUGAGUUGAAGGAUGAGUUUAUUCCACUACAUAGAGAGAGUGCUACAGGUCGAGUACAUAUGGCAGUAAGGCAGUUGAGAUGGCAGCUUGAUAGAGCUCUGACACGCAUCAAGGUCCUAGAAGCUGAGCUUAAAAAAGGGACCAAAACCAAACCAGACACUACUGAUCCCAGUGGACCAGAGGAGUGGGCUAUGUGGCAGCAGAAGGACAGUGGGACCUUGCUACUGCAGAGUCUGGGGCGUUCACUGCACAGCCGAGACCGCGUUAUCCUGGACUGCAUGGACCUGAUCAAGAGGAUGUGUGAGGAGGUGGGAACUGGGACAGAAAUGGCAGAUAAACUAACACAGGCCCUUGCUGACCAUUUAAAAGAAACCCUCUUCGAUGAUAAGCAGGGCCUGGAAGACCUGUGCCGUGAGAUGAGUGAUAGGGAGAAGAGAAUGGAGAGCGAGAUGGAGGCAGUCAGGAGGGCCAGCAGAGACCGGGAGAGGGACCUCAACACUCUCAAUACUGUACUUCAAAGUAACCAGCACAUCAUUAAUGAAAUGAGAGUAGAGCUGGUUGAGAAGGAGCGAGUGCAGAAGGAGGUGCAGGCAGAGAGGGAUGUGUGGAGGCAGAGAGACAAGGCCCUCACAGCGGUGCUCCAGGAGAAAGAAGCUCUUCUCCUCUGCCUCAAUGAGGCAUUAGAGAGCUGUCAAAAAGAUAUGCAGGCGCUUUGGGACUCUGUGAUUAGCCAAGGUGUUUCAGGAGGUGGAGCUGAGGGGGCUCUGGCCACUCAGCUGAAGGAGAAGGAGAAUCUGCUGACAGUAUUGCUGAAAGACAGAGAGAAAAACAGCAACGCCAUGUGCCAAGAGGUCUUCAAACUCAACUCUGCCCUGCAAGACUAUCAGGUCCUGAUGCAGGAGCAGCGGCAGAAACACGGUCAGACUGUGUCUUCACUGUCUCAGCAACUCAAAGACACUCAGAACCAGCUGAGGGAGAGAGGCAAGGAGAGCAGGGAGGCAGAGUGGGCCUGGCUCUGUGAAAAACAGGACCGAGAGAGGGAGGAGAGGAAACUGAGAGAGAGUCUGGAGAAGAGGGACAAACUUAUACAGCAAGUUCUCCUGCAGUCUGAGGAACGGGAUAAUCUAAUGAAAGAACUCCAACAGAACCUGCUGAAUAAAUGUGAGCCCCUGACUGCCGUCAAACACACGUUAUGAAAGGAGGGAGGUGGGU